AUGUCCGAGGCCAAACCCGGCAAUAACGUCAACGACGUUACAAGCUACUCAUCCGCAUCUUCGUCUACUGAAAAAGCUGCUGACCUGCACGAUUACAAUGGGUUUGAUGAGCACACAGAGGCCCGCAUCCAGAAACUGGCAAGAGCACUGACUGCUCAGAGUUUCGAUAACUCAGCCCAGUCCGUUUCCAACAACAAAAAUGAUGCUUUAUCUAUUUUCUCCAAGGGCGUAGAAGGUGUAAACCCAAUCUUCUCCGAUCCUGAAGUUUCAGGCUAUGAACCACAACUGGAUCCUAACUCCGAAAACUUCUCUAGUGCCGCUUGGGUUAAAAACAUGGCCAAUUUAUGUGCUGCAGACCCAAACUUUUAUAAACCUUAUUCGUUGGGUUGCGCCUGGAAAAAUUUGAGUGCGUCAGGUGCUUCCGCGGACGUCGCCUAUCAAUCCACUGUGCUCAAUGCUCCCUUCAAGCUACUAAAAAGUCAAAUGAGAAUGCUUCAGUCUUCUAAGGAAGAGGAAACUUUUCAGAUCUUGAAACCCAUGGAUGGUUGUCUCAACCCCGGUGAGUUGUUGGUCGUCUUAGGUAGACCAGGUUCUGGCUGUACCACUUUAUUGAAGUCCAUUUCUUCAAACACCCACGGUUUUCAUCUUGGGGCCGACAGCGAAAUCUCUUAUAGUGGCUACUCAGGUGAUGACAUUAAGAAGCAUUUCCGUGGUGAAGUCGUUUACAAUGCAGAAGCUGAUAUUCAUUUACCGCAUCUAACAGUCUUCGAAACUUUGGUUACAGUGGCAAGAUUAAAGACCCCACAAAACCGUAUUAAGGGCGUUGACAGAGAAAGUUACGCAAACCAUUUAGCUGAGGUCGCAAUGGCUACAUAUGGUCUAUCGCAUACCAGAAACACAAAAGUCGGUAAUGAUAUCAUUAGAGGUGUCUCCGGUGGUGAAAGAAAGCGUGUGUCCAUCGCUGAAGUCUCCAUUUGUGGGUCCAAAUUUCAAUGCUGGGAUAAUGCUACAAGAGGUUUAGACUCCGCUACCGCCUUAGAAUUCAUUCGCGCCUUAAAGACUCAAGCUGACAUUUCCAAUACAUCUGCCACCGUGGCUAUCUACCAAUGUUCCCAAGAUGCGUACGACCUGUUUAACAAAGUAUGUGUCUUGGACGAUGGUUAUCAAAUUUACUAUGGCCCGGGCGAUAAAGCCAAAAAAUAUUUUGAGGAUAUGGGAUAUGUGUGUCCCAGUAGGCAAACAACAGCAGACUUUUUGACUUCCGUUACAAGUCCUUCAGAAAGAAUACUGAACAAAGAUAUGCUGAAACGAGGCACCUACAUUCCACAGACUCCAAAGGAGAUGAACGAUUACUGGGUUAAAUCUCCGCACUACAGAGAAUUAAUGAAAGAAAUCAACAACCGUUUGGAAAAUAACGAUGAAGCCACCCGUGAAGCCAUCAGGGAAGCUCACGUUGCCAAGCAAUCAAAGAGAGCAAGACCUUCUUCUCCUUACACCGUUAGCUACAUGAUGCAAGUCAAAUACCUAUUGAUCAGGAAUAUGAUGAGACUGCGAAAUAAUAUCGGGUUCACAUUAUUUAUGAUCCUGGGUAAUUCAGGUAUGGCUUUAAUUUUGGGUUCCAUGUUUUAUAAAGUCAUGAAAAAAGGUGACACUUCCACUUUUUACUUCCGUGGUUCUGCCAUGUUUUUUGCUAUUCUGUUCAACGCAUUUUCUUCCCUAUUAGAAAUUUUUUCGUUAUACGAAGCCAGACCGAUUACUGAAAAGCAUAGAACAUAUUCUCUGUACCAUCCAAGUGCCGAUGCCUUCGCAUCAAUUCUUUCGGAAGUACCUACAAAGUUAAUCGUCUCCAUCUGUUUCAAUAUUAUAUUCUAUUUCCUAGUGGACUUUAGAAGAAGCGGCGGUAUUUUCUUUUUCUACUUAUUAAUCAACAUUAUCGCCGUUUUCUCUAUGUCUCAUUUGUUUAGAUGUGUUGGUUCUUUAGCAAAGACAUUAUCGGAAGCCAUGGUUCCCGCUUCUAUGCUACUAUUGUCUCUAUCCAUGUACACUGGUUUUGCCAUCCCCAAGAAGAAAAUUCUACGUUGGUCUAAAUGGAUUUGGUACAUCAAUCCAUUGGCUUACUUAUUCGAGUCCCUCUUAAUCAACGAAUUUCAUGAUAUAAAAUUCCCAUGUGCUGAAUAUGUUCCUCGUGGCCCUGCUUAUGCCAACGCAACUGGUACUAAUACCGUUUGCACUGUAGUUGGGUCUGUUCCUGGACAAUCUUAUGUUCUGGGUGAUGAUUUUAUCAGGGAUAGUUACGAAUAUUACCAUAAAGACAAAUGGCGUGGUUUCGGUAUUGGUAUGGCUUAUGUUAUUUUCUUCUUCUUCGUUUAUCUAUUCUUAUGUGAAUAUAAUGAAGGUGCUAAACAGAACGGUGAAAUAUUAGUUUUCCCACGUAGUAUAGUUAAAAGAAUGAAAAGACAAGGCGAAUUGAAAGAGAAAAACGCAACCGACCCAGAAAACAUUGGCGAUCCUAGUGAUUUAUCUAGCGAUAAAAAAAUGCUACAGGAAAGUUCUGAAGAGGAAUCUGAUACUUACGGCGAUGUUGGUUUAUCCAAGUCUGAAGCAAUCUUUCAUUGGAGGAACUUAAGUUAUGAAGUUCAAAUCAAGACUGAAACAAGACGUAUAUUGAACAACGUUGAUGGGUGGGUCAAGCCUGGUACCUUGACUGCCUUAAUGGGAGCUUCCGGUGCCGGCAAAACUACCUUAUUAGAUUGUUUGGCUGAGAGAGUUACCAUGGGUGUUAUAACCGGCGAUAUUUUCGUUAAUGGUGUUCCUCGCGAUGCAUCUUUCCCAAGAUCUAUUGGUUAUUGUCAGCAACAAGAUUUACAUUUAAAGACUACUACCGUCAGAGAAUCACUGAGAUUUUCUGCAUAUUUGCGCCAACCUGCUGAAGUUUCUAUUGAAGAAAAAAAUAAAUAUGUUGAGGAAGUUAUCAAGAUUCUAGAAAUGGAAAAAUAUGCGGAUGCUGUUGUUGGUGUUGCUGGUGAAGGUUUAAAUGUCGAACAAAGAAAGAGAUUGACUAUCGGUGUUGAACUGACAGCAAAACCAAAACUAUUGAUCUUUUUGGAUGAACCCACAUCUGGUUUGGAUUCCCAAACUGCUUGGUCUAUUUGUCAGCUGAUGAAAAAAUUGGCAAAUCAUGGCCAAGCAAUUUUAUGUACUAUUCAUCAACCCUCUGCCAUUCUGAUGCAAGAAUUUGAUCGUUUGCUAUUUAUGCAACGUGGUGGUGAGACAGUUUACUUUGGCGGUUUAGGUAAUGGUUGUAAAACUAUGAUUGAUUAUUUUGAGAAUCAUGGCGCCCAUAAAUGUCCUGCUGAUGCCAACCCAGCCGAAUGGAUGUUGGAAGUUGUAGGUGCUGCCCCUGGUUCUCACGCAAAGCAAAAUUAUCACGAGGUUUGGAGGAGUUCUGGGGAAUACAGAGCCGUUCAGUCUGAACUGGAUUGUAUGGAAAAAGAAUUACCAAAGAAGGGGACUUUGACUGCUGAUGAGGACCAACAUGAAUUCUCACAAUCAAUUGCUUAUCAAACAAAAUUAGUCAGUGUUCGUUUAUUCCAACAAUAUUGGAGAUCUCCUGAAUACUUAUGGUCUAAAUUCAUUUUAACAAUUUUCAAUCAAUUGUUUAUCGGUUUCACUUUCUUCAAGGCUGGUACUUCGCUACAAGGUUUACAAAAUCAAAUGUUGGCAGUAUUCAUGUUUACAGUCAUUUUCAAUCCUAUUUUACAACAAUACCUGCCUGCUUUUGUUCAACAAAGAGAUUUAUAUGAAGCUAGAGAACGGCCUUCAAGAACCUUUUCUUGGUUCUCGUUUAUUCUUGCUCAAAUCUUUGUGGAAGUUCCUUGGAAUAUCUUAGCAGGUACUAUUGCUUAUUUCAUCUACUACUACCCAAUUGGAUUUUAUUCAAAUGCCUCAGCCGCUGGCCAGUUACACGAAAGGGGUGCCUUGUUCUGGCUAUUCUCCUGUGCUUUCUACGUUUACGUUGGUUCAAUGGGUCUACUUGUCAUCUCUUUCAACGAAGUUGCGGAGAGUGCUGCUAAUCUAGCCUCUUUGCUGUUUACUAUGUCUUUGUCAUUCUGUGGUGUUAUGACCACCCCUAGUGCCAUGCCCAGAUUUUGGAUAUUCAUGUACAGGGUGUCACCUUUGACUUACUUCAUACAAGCUUUACUUGCUAUCGGUGUUGCAAACGUAGACGUCAAGUGUGCUGAUUACGAACUAUUAAAAUUCACGCCUCCAUCAGGUAUGACCUGUGGACAAUACAUGGAACCAUAUUUACAGCUGGCUAAGACCGGUUAUUUGACAAAUGAAAGUGCUACUGACACUUGUAGUUUCUGUCAAAUUUCUACCACCAAUGACUACCUAGCAAACGUUAAUUCUUAUUACAGUGAAAGGUGGAGAAACUUCGGUAUCUUCAUUUGUUAUAUUGCGUUCAAUUAUAUCGCCGGUUGCUUUUUCUACUGGCUAGCAAGGGUGCCUAAGAAGAACGGUAAACUUUCCAAAAAAUAA